AAAAGACACAUUUUCGUUCACUACACUAUUUAGUUACUACGCUUUUUGUUUCUCGAACAAAAAUUUGGUUACAGUUUGAAAUUUGUUCGGUUGCUAAUUUACAGUGGUUACUUCAUGUUCAUCAGCUGAACAGGUGAAAGAAGAUGGGAGAAAACGGUAACCCCUUUCCAAGUGUAUACCCCACUGUAGCAGACCCGCCAGACAUGACAUACUCCAGCACAGCUGAUCUGGGACUUCCAAGUAACUUUGGCGGGGUUUCUAGCAUGGACAAUUAUCUUCACGACGACUCAGAUAUGCUCUUCAUGAGCAUACGGUCUGGUGAGCAUGCGGGAGUGGAGAGUACACUGGCAGAUAGAGGCCAUGUUGUGGAUAUAGUUCCCAGAAUAGGGUGCUCUCCAUUGCACUACUCCAAAUUCAAUCUAGCUAACCGUGAAGCAAAGAACGGAGAUACCCCUCUCAUAAUGGCAGCCCGAGUUGACAGUAAGAUGGUGAAAAUAGUAUUGAAUUACGGAGGUAACCCGAACCAUGCUAACAAAGACAGGGAUACUCCUCUAAGUGUGGCUGCUAGCAGGAGCGAUAGAGAGGCCAUUAAUGCACUUUUGCUUGCAGGCGCUAACUUGAGAGCGGCGGUUGUGAAGAUGACGUCACUGCUGAAAUACAUCACUUCAGAGGACCAGUUACAGGGCUACGGGGAUAUGGCGUACAGUGUCAAACCUCUCACCUUUCUCUUGUCCGAUGACGUGUACUUGAUGUGCAGGUGUCCGAUAAAAUCCGCAUUUGAUGUUGGCAAAGAUAUUGCUAACAUUCAAAAUGUGAGGGAUGAAUUUAAAAUUGAGUUCGAGCUACUGAUUGAGGAUGCCAAUGAUUUUGCCUGCAGAUUUUUGAACAAUAUUGACAGGAUGUGGGAAGCUAGGGAAAUCCUUACAUCCCCAGUUGAUCUGAUUACAAUGGCAAUAGAUCUCAAGAAAAAGAAGUUUGUGUCCCACCCGUUUUGUCAGCAGAUCAUUAAUGGGCGUUGGUAUGGAAAACUUGCCAACAAGAUGUUCCACGGAAAAGCUGUUAUAGCAAUAGAAUACUUUUUCAGCCCCUUUUUGUUUUUGCCAUUAUUGCUGAAGUUCCUCUUUUUCGAUGUCUGGAGGGGAGUCCCAGUCAUGGAUUCCAGUUUCGUAUCUCUGCUCAGGUUGAAAUUCACCCCUUUUCUAUGCUUCAUCACAGAUACAUUAAACUACAUUGCAUUUCUUUUUAUCUUAAUUUGUGUUUGUCUCAUAGAACAAUCAAUUGACGAAAUCACCCCAUUGGAGAAAGCAUUAUAUGUCUGUGUUCUAUCCCGAAUAUUCAUUGAACUCGAUGUCGCUGUUCAGCAAGGAUGGAGAAGGUAUUUUGCAAAUGUGUGGAACCAGGCGGACUGUCUAAUAUUGUUGCUCGUAGUAAUCUCAGCUCUCUAUAAAGGAUAUAUCUUUAAAACAUAUGAUCAUGAUUUUCGCUAUCAUUAUUACUAUGACUAUGAGUAUUCGGAGCUACUCUUCACUAACCUCACUUCCGUUAGAGACAACGGACGACCCAUAUAUUAUUUACCCGAUUAUAUUAAGGAAUUUGCGAUGAUGGUUAUUCGCUACCAACAUUUUCUGAACAUAAGCUACAUGUACGCAGUGGCAGAAUUCAUUCUUUUCCUCAGACUGCUAACUCUUUUAGAAGUAACCAGAUCAAUGGGCCCAAUGAUGAUCGCUUUGAAAUACCUGCUGCUUGAUGUUUUGAAGUUCUCGGUCCUACUUUUCACGACUAUCUUUGGAGCAUCCAUAACGAUUUACUCCAUGAGUGUUACAUUGGAAAAAUUGAUCGGAAACGUAAAUGAUCUAUGUAGUACGUUGAAAGAUCAUCAGGCUAACUUCUUGUGGACAAAUGAAUUACUCUUGAAAUUUUUUGGUGAUAUGAUAGACAAAGAAACAGAAUUGAAUGAUAGUUCUAUAUUUUGUGAAAAUGUAAAAGAUAUUAAUCCCCCGCCAUCAUUUCAAAGUUUUCUUGCCACUGUAACAAGUAUUAUGUGGUCUACAUUUGGUCUUUUUGAUGUAUCGAAGGUGACAAAGCCAUUCGAUCCGUCAACAAUAAAUUUUGUCAACGUUAUCUUGGUUCUCUAUAUCUUGCUUUCCUGCGUACUGCUGCUCAACAUGCUUAUUGGAAUUCUCAGCAGUACCUUCGACAGGAUCCAAGAUAACUGUGACGUUGAGUGGAAGUAUGCCAGAAGCGAGUUGCUUAAGGAGUACAGCGAAACACAGCCUUUCUUCAUUCCCUUUUCCGCCAUUCUCCUCCCCCUGGUUAUUUGGUUCCGGAGGAAGCUAAAGAAGGAACAGCGUAAAACAUCCAAGAAGACUCAGGCAGCAGAUCAAGAUGAACGAGACAAGAUUAUUAGUGUGGUUUGUGGAAGGUUCCAGCUUGAUUUUCCAGAUGUAGCAGAGGAGUGCUGCAAGUGUGCAGCUAAAACGAGACCAACAUCAGCUUCAAAACCACCGGGAUCUACUCAAGAUAAAUUCGAUGCAAGAGUCAGGCGACUUAGAAGACAGCAAUCCGUGCUGCAGCAGUUCAAAAAGUAAUGAUGUGAAUCCAGAACAGUGGACAAACCUUUUCAUCUAGAUUUUGAAACAGCAUUUUCUUUAUUUGCGUCUAGCUAUUAUUUAGUAGUCAAAGAACUGUAAACUGACAAGUUAUGAACAUUGGAGAGAGAUUUAUACACGAAAUAGGAGGUCAAGUUAUACUUAUCUUGAGUCGCUAGUAGAACUAAUAGUAAUAUAAUGGUAUAUGAUAAUAAUAAUAAUAACUAGAAAUUUAUACAUCGCUUUAUAGUCAAAAAGAACUCAAAAUCCAAAGAUUCGGUUCAAGCCAUCUAAAGCGACUCAUGAACAUGUACAUAAGAACUUUGAAUUUUAUGAAGUAUGGUUUGUAUGAGAAAGAUAUUAUAUGAUACUUAUAUGAACACUUUUUC